AUCCUCCCUCUUCAAUUCUGUCAUCUCAAUUCUCCCGGCGCUUAAAGCGGGCAAUCAUCCUUGACCCCACCUAUUUCUCUGAACAAAAUCGAUCAAUACCAUGGCAGUACAGGCACAAUGGAGUCUCGACACCACUCCUGGCUCGGCCAUCAGCCUGCUGAGCGGCGUCAUCCAGGCUGCCACGACAGACAACGUGCAGGCCAUCGCCCUCCUAGCCUGCGAGAGAUUCGGCUCAACCUUGGCCAUGAGCGACGAGACGAUGAGCAAGAUCGAAACCUCAGUAGUCCCAACACCCCCAAGCAUCCCGAUCCGGUUCCUCCAAGCCAAAAUUGGCUUCUCCAAGCACGACAGUGCCGUGCAGCUGGGCAAGAGCAAGGCCGGUGUGCGGUUCCUGGGGCUUGCAACCGCCCUCAUCACCACCAUGAAGCCGAUGCAGGCCGCCAAGGCUCUCGACUUGAUGCUGUCCAAGUCGGCGGCUGACUCCACGCAGCUGCCCACACUGAGACAGCUGCGGGACCUCCUUCUCGCCUUGGAGCCGCGCUGCCAGACUGCGGGCUUCGCCGACUCUGUCCAUGGCUGGGGGCUACUCGUGGCGCUCGACAGGUGGCCCGAAGAUCUCCAACUCGAUAUUGGCUACCUAGAGAUGAUCUAUCACCCGCUUUUUGAUGUAACAUCGCGCGACCCCGCCGGGAGCCCAACCAAAAUACUCGAAGGUGUCUUAAAGCUUGUGGGGCACCUGGGCGACAAGGCUCACGACAGAUACGUCGCGAGCGCUAUGCGAGGACAAGUGGUUUACCCUUCAAUUUUCGAAACCUCGCAAAUUCGCAAGCACGGGUUCCUCAGCUUGGACCACUAUCGCGGCAAGCUGAUGUACAAGAACGACGAGUAUUCGUCGGUGGUGGGCCAUGGUCCGUUCGUCAAAAGCCAUGAAAGCUCUGAAUCGGAUAGCGCAAGGCUUGGGCGCCCAGUGGAUAGGCCAUGCAACCUGUUCGUUGACCGUCGCGUCUCGUGGGAGGUCGCCGAGGAGGCGAACGGCUCAGCCGAAAUCCAGCAGAAGUACUGA